AUGAGCAACCCACUACAACGUGUUGCAAUAAUCUCCUCUCAUCUCAACAGUAACAAUAUUACUGAACACCUUCAGGUGCAAUCGAAUGAUGUAGGUGCAACCACUGCCACACAACAACCAGUAAAGAAGACCACCGAGGGUAUGCAAGACUUCUUGGAUAUCUUCCCAAUCCUAAAGAAUGAGAUCUUGAAGGACUUGCCCUCAAUGGACAUUCCAUCGCAUGCUCAACAGUGGAUAUCUCGUCUGAUCGAUCAUAGUGUGGCCGGUGGCAAGAUGAACCGUGGUCUGACCGUCAUCCACAGUCUCCAAACUCUUGUCGAGGGUCGUCCACUGAGAAGAGCCGAGGUGUUCAAAGCCAACGUUCUUGGUUGGUGUGUUGAAUGGUUGCAGGCCUUCUUCUUGGUCUCUGAUGACAUUAUGGACCAAUCGAUCACACGUCGUGGUAACCCUUGUUGGUACCGCACCAAGAAUCCCUUGUCCAGCGAGUCCAACGCCACCGUAGGCAACAUUGCCAUCAACGACUCAUUCAUCCUUGAGUCAUGCAUCUACAUCUUGAUCAAGAAGUACUUUAGGAAUGAGUCCUACUACGCAGAGAUCUUGGACCUGUUCCACAAGACCUCCUACCAGACCGAGCUUGGUCAGCUUUUGGACUUGACGACACAACCCAACCGUGGUGAUUUCUCCCUCUUUACGUUGGACACCUACAGACGUAUUGUCAAGUACAAGACUGCCUACUACUCGUUCUACUUGCCAGUGGCCUUGGCCAUGCACAUGGCCGGCAUCAGUAGCAAGCCUGCCUUUGACACUGCUCUGGACAUCCUUUUGCCCAUGGGAGAGUACUUCCAGAUUCAAGACGACUACCUUGAUUGCUACGGAGACCCCGCCGUGAUUGGCAAGAUUGGCAGAGAUAUUGAGGAGAACAAGUGCACUUGGCUCGUGUGUCAGGCCAUCCUUAACGGUACACCAGAGCAGAUUGCCAACUUGAAGAAGGUUUAUGGUCGUGAGAGUGCUCAGGACGUUGCCUCGGUCAAGAAGAUCUACAAUGACAUUGGAAUCAAGAGGAUCUUCAAGCAAUAUGAGGACCAGUCCUACAAGGAGCUUGUUGCCAAGAUUGAUAACGUUAGGAUCAUGCCACAAGAGGUGUUCCUCAAGUUGUUGGAGAAGACACAGGUUCGAGACUGGAAUUCAAACUCACUAGAGUGA